GGAUGCUGACGAAGGCUCGCGAGGCUGUGAGCAGCCACAGUGCUGUGCUCAGAAGCCUGGGGCUCGUCAGUCAAGCCGGUUCUCAGUUCACACUUGGCAGCACGGGCAGGCGAGUGGCCCCUAGUUCUGGGAGCAGCAGUGCUCCGGUCCUGGUCCUACAGCCCCAAGCCUCGCCUGCCCGCCCAGCGCCAGGAUGGCCACCAUCACCUGCACCCGCUUCACGGAAGAGUACCAGCUCUUCGAGGAACUAGGAAAGGGAGCCUUCUCAGUGGUGCGCAGGUGUGUGAAGGUGCUGGCCGGCCAGGAAUAUGCUGCCAAGAUUAUCAACACAAAGAAGCUCUCGGCCAGAGACCACCAGAAGCUGGAGCGUGAAGCCCGCAUCUGCCGCCUGCUGAAGCACCCCAACAUCGUCCGGCUCCAUGACAGCAUCUCUGAGGAGGGACACCAUUACCUGAUCUUUGACCUCGUCACCGGCGGGGAGCUGUUUGAAGACAUCGUGGCCCGGGAGUAUUACAGUGAGGCGGAUGCCAGUCACUGCAUCCAGCAGAUCCUGGAGGCCGUGCUGCACUGCCACCAGAUGGGGGUGGUGCAUCGGGACCUGAAGCCGGAGAACCUGUUGCUGGCCUCCAAGCUCAAGGGCGCUGCGGUGAAGCUGGCAGACUUUGGCCUGGCCAUAGAGGUAGAGGGCGAGCAGCAGGCAUGGUUUGGGUUCGCAGGGACACCUGGAUACCUCUCCCCAGAAGUGCUGCGGAAGGACCCGUAUGGGAAGCCCGUGGACCUGUGGGCCUGCGGGGUCAUCCUGUACAUCCUGCUGGUGGGGUACCCCCCAUUCUGGGAUGAGGACCAGCAUCGCCUGUACCAGCAGAUCAAAGCUGGCGCCUAUGAUUUCCCGUCACCAGAAUGGGACACCGUUACCCCGGAAGCCAAGGAUCUGAUCAAUAAGAUGCUGACCAUCAACCCAUCCAAACGCAUCACGGCCGCUGAGGCCCUCAAACACCCCUGGAUCUCGCACCGGUCCACCGUGGCCUCCUGCAUGCAUAGACAGGAGACCGUGGACUGCCUGAAGAAGUUCAACGCCAGGAGAAAACUGAAGGGAGCCAUCCUCACCACUAUGCUGGCCACCAGGAACUUCUCUGGCGGGAAGAGUGGAGGAAACAAGAAGAACGAUGGUGUGAAGAAAAGAAAGUCCAGUUCCAGCGUUCAGUUAAUGGAAUCUUCAGAGAGCACCAAUACCACCAUUGAGGAUGAAGACACCAAAGUGCGGAAACAAGAAAUCAUAAAAGUGACAGAGCAGCUGAUUGAAGCCAUAAGCAAUGGAGAUUUUGAGUCCUACACGAAAAUGUGUGACCCUGGGAUGACGGCCUUCGAACCCGAGGCCCUGGGGAACCUGGUCGAGGGCCUGGACUUCCAUCGAUUCUAUUUUGAAAACCUGUGGUCUCGGAACAGCAAGCCUGUGCACACCACCAUCCUGAACCCCCACAUCCACCUGAUGGGUGACGAGUCGGCCUGCAUCGCCUACAUCCGCAUCACGCAGUACCUGGACGCCAGCGGCAUCCCCCGCACGGCCCAGUCGGAAGAGACCCGCGUCUGGCACCGCCGGGAUGGCAAAUGGCAGAUCGUCCACUUCCACAGAUCUGGGGCGCCUUCCGUCCUGCCGCACUGAAGGACCAGGCGGGAGGCGCUGUACUGCAAAGAUCCACUCUUUGUCCAUGGAAUGUGGCUGCUGGUUCUCCCACUUGGAUUUUGCUGGAAUUCUCCCAACCACAUCAUCCCACCACCACCACUCUCACCGACACCUUCAUACCUGUGUCAAGAAAACCUGUCCGUUCGUAAAAGCCAUCACAACUUCAGAGCAGAUGGCCACAUCUCCCCACCUGCACCUGUCACUCUUGCUCUCUGUCCCCUGCCAGGGUGGGGCUUCCUCAGGCCCAGGUGCCCUGGGUGCUGGCUCCGAGGACCCCCCUCCCGGGGGAGGUCUUGCCUUGGCCAGAGGCCACGGUCCCAGCUGUGUGUUCACCCAGGGGCUGGGGAGGAGGGGCAGAGCCGGGAGGAACAUGGCAUCCGCCAGAACCCCCUCCCUGAUCUCCCCUCGUCUGGGGUCCUUGGGGAAGGGCAGAACAGCCAGCCCCCUGCACCAACCUCCCCCGUGGGAGAGGGCAAAGGAGGAGCGAGAUGUCAGGAGCCUGCUGCCUCAGACCGCCGUCCUAACUCCUCUCCCACCCUGUCCUGCCCUCUUGUUCUCGACCCUCCUCCCUUGGUGUGGGGGGCUCGAUCCUCUCAGGGUGCCCCCACUUCUUCCUUUCUUCCUUCUGCCGAUGUUUACUUCCAAUAUGAGCUGCCCAUUCCACCCAUCCAUCCGGCCUGGAGAAUUCCAGCUUCAUCAUAUCCGAAGGGGAGAAUCGGAUUGCUUUUUGAGGGCAAAAGAAAACAACCGUUAGGUAUCGCUUCUACUUGGACCGCAUGCCUUUUUAUAGCCAAACUUCUGUGUGUUUCGUAAGUGGAUUUCGCGUUAAUGGAUAUUUAUGUAAUAACUAGACCUCUCAAAUUAUUGUGAGAAGGUUUGGGUUGGGAAGGGAGGUGGGAAGAGGGGUGAGGGGUAGGUUUUUUUUUUUUUUUCCUGUUCUAGGUCUUUUUUUUUUUUUGUCAUCUCUGAGAUGGACUUUGUCACUUGUGGGUUAUCUGGGGCUGAGGUGGACUCAGCCUGACAGGGAAGGAUCUCUGACAUCUCAGUCCCCAGGUUCCCUUGGGGACUGGAGAAGCAUCGGAUGUUAGUGCUGAUGAAGAAAUAGCAAAUCUGGGCAGAGAGAGUGGGGGAGGUUGUCAGGCUGGCAGUAUCUGGACUUUAUCUUGCUUGCCUCCCAAACUGAGAUCCUUCCUACCAUGCUGCCCAGGAUUUCAUUACAUCUGUGCACCACCCUCAGCGCCCCCCAUCCAUCUCUGGGGGGUUCACGAGCAUGUGUCUUCAUGCGGGUCCAAAAAGAACACUGGGAGUUCUCUUCUUCACACCUCCUCCUGCGGCUGUGGUUUGCAUCUCUCCUUUCCUUUCUCUUUCCCUCUUCCCUUGGGAUUGACUCUGAUGUGGAAUGCCUUGGCACAUCCACCUGGAUCUACUGUCUGCACUGUUUUCUUUGCAUGACUUUAUAUGCAGUAAGUAUGUUGAAACAAAAAAAAAAAAAAGAAAAGAAGAAGUAACACUCAGCAAAACCAAUCUACAUGUUUUGGACAAAAAAAGAAAUAGAGGUUGUAUUCUCAGUGUCCGACUCGGAAUUAUGUUGCUGCCUCUCUGUGCUUUUGGCCUCUGUGUGGCCGUGUUUUGCCAGCAUGAGAUACUGUCCCCUCUGGAGGAUUUAAGGGGAGGAAGAGCCACAUCUCCAAAGAUUUGGAGGAAUCUCUGAUCCCUCCAAACCUCUGGGGUAUCCUGGGUGUUGAGUGGAGCAGGACUGAUGGGAUGUGACCCAGUAUUUCCUGAGUGUUCCCUGAUCAUGAGCUGUCUGCUGGGCCCAUUGUCUUGCACUCUUGCCCCCGGGACAGGUAAGGCAGGCUGGGCAGGGGCCGCAGGCCAGGAGAGAGGCUACCCAGCCCUCCUGGUCUCCAAACUGGUUGAUCACUGGCCUCUCUUCUUGGCAGAGACCCUGCUGCCGAGGCCCAGGGCAGGCACUUGGUCUGUCCCAGGUCCAGAGGGCUUCCCAGUAAGGCCCAGUGAUCCCAGUGUCCCAGCAGCAUAACUGCCUGCCUCCCUUGCGAGCUGCCAGCUCCCACAGCUGUCCCCAAGCCAAAGGUGAGGGAUUGCUGCCAUUACCAAGGCAAAGUCUGGUCCUUUCUUCAGCCUCAGUUUCCCCCUCUGUUAAAAGGAUUAAAUACUGCUGCCCAGCCUAUGUUACAGGGCUGAUGGGGGGACAGACAGAACACUGGGGUGAAGACAGCACUGAAUACACCCAUGAGAAUCGACAGGGUGAGUCACUGGCUGGAUUCCUGUUCUUUUCUGGGCCGGCCAGUCCCCCUUCUCUCCCCCAACUGCCCCUCAACCCCCUCUUUGUGCCUGUCCUCUGCUUAUCAGUGGAGGACUGCGGGGGAAAGAGCCACGUUUUGGGGGUUAUUAGGAUUUCAUUCCCAGCUCUGACCAGACUUGCUGUGUGACCUUGGGAAAGUCCUUUCCCUGCUCACCCCUUGGUUCCCCACCAGAGGGAGCUGAGCUGGAGGACACCAGCGUCCUGCCUUUUGUCUGCUGACACACCUCCUGUCCACUGUGCCCCUCUCUGGAUGCCAGAGAAGUGGAGGUUGGUCCCUGCCCCACGCUGAGAUGGCUGCACUGCAAAGGCCACGCCUGCGAGUGUGCAGCCAGCUGGUGUGGCCCACAGGGCACGGCGUGAUCCUGAGACAGCAGGCAGGCAGACUGGCAGACCAAGUGGCCCAGAACCCAAUACCACCAGACAGUCAAACAUCCUGUAGAUGCAAAAAAAUCCAGACCUAAGACAAGUCCUAGGCUCCAGCAUGCAAACACAUUCACGGGAAAGCAUUCUCCCGUGUGUGCACCCAGCAAGCGCUGAUCCUGACCCCUGGCCUCCAGUCUCCCUUCAAGAGGAGACCCUUUAGGGGAUGUAUUUGCCAGACUCCCCGUGCUGGUAUCUUUGUUACUAUUUGUUUGGGGGUUUGUUUCAGUUCUUUUUUAAAAUAUGUGGCUGUGAACUUGAAUGACCACUGCUCAAACUUUCUGCUAUUGUGGGGUUGGGGGGAAGAAGGGGUGUCUGUUUUAUUCUUGGUGUUUUCAGUGCAAUAAAUAGCUACCAACUUCUGUGCA